UGUGAGCCGUCCGGCCGUCGCCCAUUGGAGGUUCCCUCGGCCCCAUAAGGUUGCCUUUCCCCCGCCCGCCUCUUCUUCUCCGGCUCUUGCGUCAGAAAUAGAAAGGAGCCGCGCGGGGCAGGCAGGCAGGCAGGCAGGCGAGAGAGCGCCGGGCUGGGAAGGCGCACCGGGGCGGCUCGCUGGGCAAACAGCAGCAGCAGCCAAGGAAGCGGCCGGUCGGUCGGUCGGUCCGUCAGCCAGCUGCCCGCCCGGCCAAGCGCCGAAUCGCGUGGAGGGGCAGCAGAAGAGCCCGGCCCGGACGCCCUGCAAAGGCUGCGGCUGCGGAGACCGCGAUGGCGCUGGAUUUCCUAGCAGGCUGCGUAGGAGGUGCUGCAGGUGUGAUGGUAGGACAUCCAUUUGACACUGUUAAGAUGACAGAUAAGCCUCAUCACGGGAGAGUUACCUAGUGCGUCUCCAAGUUCAAAGUAUCGACAAGCCUCUUUACCGUGGGACCCUGCAUUGCUUUCAGUCUAUCAUAAAGCAAGAAUCGGCCUUUGGACUUUAUAAAGGGAUUGGGUCACCUAUGAUGGGACUUACCUUCAUUAACGCCCUGGUGUUUGGCGUGCAAGGAAACACAAUCCGUGCUCUGGGAAACGAUACCCCGUUGAAUCAGUUCCUUGCGGGGUCAGCCGCAGGUGCCAUUCAGUGCGUGAUCUGCUGCCCCAUGGAGCUGGCAAAGACCCGCAUGCAGCUGCAAGGCACCGGUGAAUACCGGCUUAAGUCUAAAAACUACAAAAAUUCCCUGGACUGUCUGGUGAAGAUCUACCGAAAGGAAGGCUUGAAGGGCAUCAACAAGGGCAUGGUUUCCACAUUCCUGAGGGAGACUCCCAGUUUUGGGUUUUACUUCCUGACCUACGACUGCCUAACCAGGUACCUCGGUUGCGAGGCGGAGGACAGUUACAUUAUACCCAAGUUGCUAUUGGCCGGAGGCAUGUCGGGGAUCGUCUCCUGGCUGUCGACGUACCCAGUGGACGUGAUCAAGUCCCGCCUUCAGGCUGACGGCGUUGGUGGGGUGGUGCAGUAUAAGGGCAUUCUGGACUGCAUUCAAAAAAGCUACCACAAUGAAGGUUUGAGAGUUUUCAGCAGGGGACUCACGUCCACGCUUCUUCGUGCCUUCCCCGUUAACGCCGCCACGUUUGCUACUGUUACAGUGUUCCUUAUGUAUAUGAGGUCAGAAGAUAGGCAGCUUAGAGGAGAUCUAAGUGGCUGUGAGGCAGGCCCGGCAAUCCAGCAACCGUCAAGCUUUUAGGUUCUCGAGGGAAGUUCCAAUGCACCUGUUUGGUAUAUCAAUGGUUUUUUGAAAUUCAGUAUAGAAAUUGUAAAUUUCCAUCUGUACAAAGCAUUCUUUUAAUGUUAUUUAGGAUAUCACCUACUUUAUACAAGCAGCUUAUUGCCUUACGAUAUCCAUUACAGAAUUACAGGCAAUAAAAGGACUUGUUAGAAAUAUUUUACCCCCAUCCCAGUUCCCAAAUACUCACUAGUAUUUGGUACAUUCUGUAAUAGCUGCUCCUCCUUCCCCAAGAACCCAAACUGUACCGGUUGCCCUGGACUCAGUGCUCAGUGGAGCGUGUAUCAGAAUUUAGUGGGUGUUCUUCUGCAAGCCAGCAUGGUAUAGUGGUUAAGAGCAGGUGGAUUCUAAUCUGGAGAACUGAGUUUGAUUUCCCCACUCCUCCACCUGAGUGGCAGAGGCUGAUCUGGUGAACCAGAUGUGUUUCCAC